AUGGGUUGGUUCUGGGGCUCUUCCGACAGUAACGAUGGCAACAAAUCUCAAGACCCUCUGCGGGACCUGGACCCAAGUCUUCGGGACUUCCUUGCGAAAGAAUCACCUGUCAAAUACAGCUCCUCGAAUCCUACAGUUGCCCCAGCAUCCGUACCAGCUCCCACGCCCUCCCCCGCAAGCAAGCCUAUAGCUCCCGAGCAUACCACUGAAGAAGGCUCGGAGCCCAAAGUACCUCCACAGAGCCUAUUCAAGGACGGGCGGUACGCUCAUCUCUGGAAAACGUACCAAUCGCAAGCAGAAACGGAAGCAGCGGGCAAGUCCGACCAAGAGAAGAUCAACGAUGUCCUGGAAGGCUACAAAUACAGGAAGGCGGAGAUUGGCAGAGCUGCGUUGGAGAAUUGUGCCCUGGAACAAUGGCAGGUCAAUGAGUGCUUCAGGAAUGGAGGGUGGGCCUCUCGUUUGACGAUGUGCAGGACGGAGAACAGGGAGCUGGAGAGGUGUUAUUUGAUGCAAUCGAAAUUUCUGAAGGCAUUAGGGUACCUCUCGACCUUUGAUCGCCCUCCCGAGCUGGACGAAAGGAUUCAAAUGCACGCGGACUCACUAUAUCAUCGAAUGUUAGAACAAGAGAAGGCAAUUGAAGCUGCCAAGGCAGAGGGGAGACCUGUGCCUUCAUUCCCUCCGCUGCUGUCCUCCAACUCGAAAAACUUACCUGUGCCGAUCGACGAGAGCGGAUUACAACCUUCCGAUCUUAAGCCGAAAAUACAAAAGGGUCUCAAGAAGAGGCUGGAAGGACUGAAAGACGACGAACGAGAGGUGGAAGAGCGGGCGAUCAAAGCAGAAAUUCAAGCUGGAGUACAGGUGGCCGAACAACUAGGAUCCAUAUAUGAGAAGCAGGCAGAAGAACGGAGGAUACGGAAAGAGCAGGGCAAGGAGACAAUUGGUGACAAGAUAACUUCGAUUUUCAGCUUUCGAUGA